AAGUUUUUUUUUAAGGGUAAAGAGCACUGAGGCUAAAAAAAAAAAACCAAAAAAAAAGCCUGCAGGCUAAUUGAAGACCUAAAUUCAAGACCUGCAGAAGCAUUGGUGCUCGGAGUACAUAUUAUAUGUUGCCAGACAAAGUCCAGUGUCCUUACCUUGGGGCGAGGAGUCCUUCCAGAUCACUGGACUCCCCCCCGUUCUUAACCCGUUUCCGGGCCACUGAUGCUUUCCCUCCCCCUAUUUGUAAUGUUACUGAUGAACAGAGCGGACCUUCUCUAUUCUGUACUUCAGAGGCUGUCGCCAUGCACUGAAGAUGUUCGUAGUAACACUCCAUUCAGAAGAGGCAGCACGCAUGUACUGUCAAGUAAAGCAGAUUACGACAGAACUCCCGUUGAAUUUGUGUUCACUGGUACAACCGGACGGUGCCCCGAAACAGAUGAAAGUACCAGAGAACACGAGCCACAAGUUCAUUUAAUGGUGUACCAGGGAAGAGGGUGGUGGGCUGAUUCCCAGAAGGUCUCUCAGAUGUGUGUAAGAAUUACUGCUAAGGAGUUCUAAGCCAUUUUUGGUAGCUACAGGCCCAGGCCCUGGGGAUGAGGGCCAGAAUGGGAGAAACGGUAGGACCAGUUGAGAUCAGGUAAAGAGGAGUUCAGAUAAACAAGCAAACUGCUAUUGGCACGCUAUGGCUGGUGAUAUUGACAAGAUAAACUGUAGGAAGGAUAAUUUCUCAUCAGAUUGGAGAAAUCUAUUUAUAGCCUGUUUCUCAUUAUAUAAUGAGAAGCUACUAAUGGAGUAGCAGACAACGAUAUGGGUAAUAGCUUACUAACUGUCACUUAAGUGAGUUCAGGGAUGACGGGUUUCUUUCAUGCAUGAAAUACUGAAUACAUUUCUUAAAAUUCAGAUAUGGCAUCAGUUUGUAGUCAUAUCCUAAAGAAAAAUCACAGUGCAGUAUUUUAUUUAUAGUACUAUAUUCUUUGUGAGUGUGUGUGUGUGUGUGUGUAUGCACAUGUGGUACAGGUUGGGGAUGAGUUAUUUGAAAUAUACCUUAAAUCUUCCCUUCAAAUACAAAAUCAAUUUACCUCAACGUCUUACCAGUUCCCUUCCACUAGUCUUUCUUUUUUUUCAAGAAAAUUAAGUGAUAAAAGAUCUACAAGUCAUUAAAGUGGAUUUUGUUGUUUUUAACCUGUCCCUUAUUUUAUUUCCAACUCCUGCCUAAUAAGACAGCUCUCCUACCUGUCUUCAUCUGGAUAAGCUCAUCUUAUUUUUGCCUGAAAUUGUUGUAAAUGCCUAUGUCUAGUAGAUUUGGGGAAACUUGGAUCUCAAUGAGUAAUAGCAUCUCAGUUGUUUAUGAGUGCCAUGGAUUUCUUUUGGCUUGUUUAAAGUUCAAAAGUGUCAGCAAGGUUAGCAACCCAUCUGGGAAUAUAAACGGCAUUUUCACAGGCUGGUGUUGGCUGUCUGCACAAAGAUAAACUGAAUUCUUAAUUACCACUAAAGUAGAUGCUAAUGGAUUUUCCUGUUUUACAGCUUUCAUCUCUAACUUUACCUGUAAGUUUAAGACCCCGACAACUUAGAUUCGGCUUUGCUGUUGGGUCCUCGUGUUUCUUUCUUAAGUCUCAGUGAGAGCUACAGAAUCUCACAAAGGUUCUUCAUCUGGACGGUGUCCCGGGGAGGGCCCCUGAGGAGCCCAGAACUGUAACCCCGGGAGGACCUCACUGCUGGAACUCCCAGGAAUGCCCGGGUUGAUCCUUAAAUAAAAUAAAAAUCUAUCCCGUAAAGGGCUUUCAUGAAGAAAUUAAAGAGAGGAAAUUACAAGUAAUAGAGAAACUAGGAGUUGUACACUGGAGAAGCCACCCAAAAUAACUGGAGUAAGACAAAACGAGUGAAUACAUCUGGAAGAAAUUUUACUUAGUAUGGUAUUUUUGCCCACUUUUUGGUCAUAAAGGCCACUAAGGAAGAAAGAAUAUAGUUUUCUAGAGAAAGAACGAGUGUAAUGUAAAAAUGGAAGCCACAGUUUCUGAAAUUCAAGUCGAAAGCAAGGAUGAGAAGAGACCAACAGAAGUCAGUCCUCAAGAUGAGCGGCAGGAGGAAAAAGCAUCAGUGCUUUGCUUCAAGAGAAGAAAGAAAGCAGCCAAAGAGAUGAAGCCCAAAGCUAGCUCUAAAGCUGCUGGUGCAGCAAGAACGGGUCCCCCAGAGGCGGGAGCUUCUGAUCAGCCCCAGGCCCCAGUGGGGGCCUGGGCGUCAAUCAAACGUCUUGUAAGGCACAGGAAAAGGUCAGAAGCUUCAAAGCAGCAAAAGCCCUUUGAGGCUAAAGUGCAACCUGAAAUCAGUGCCGAGGAUGCUGAUCUUUCUAGGAAAAAGGCAAAAUCCAGACUCAAGAUUCCCUGCAUAAAAUUCUCAAAAGGAGAGAAAAGAAGUAAUUCCAAAAUUAUAGAAGACUCCGACUGCAGCCUCAGAGUCCAGGGAGAGGCCGAACGUUUGGAUACGGAAGCUCCGACCCAAUCCGAUGAGCAGGCAACCACGCCCAAGUUGCCCCAGGAUGUGAGUAAAGCUGUCUCACAGAAAGGGGGCGAUGAGGUCUGUGAGCCAAAUGGGAGCCACAGCACAACGGCACCUGGGGAAAAAGUGAUUGCAGUAGAACUUGGGUUAGACACGGGGCAUUCUGCCAUUCACACAGGAACUCUAGUCAUUGAACGAGAUACUGAAACAACUGAGGAAAAACAAAGCGUUCAACCCCAGCAAGCAAGCCCACUUGAACCUUCAGAAACACAACAGCAACCCCCUUUGGUUUCUGAUGUUCCUCCCUCACCUGCAGUCCCAGAUCAGCAAAUUGUGGAAGAAGCCAAAAGCAAUAUCCUAGAAAGUGGACCAAAUUGGAAACAGCACGAAAGUGGAGAGAUUGUUGCUGAAGAGAGUGAGCCAAAAGAUACUGAACUGAGCCAGGAAUCAGAGCUUAGAGGAAAUGAGGUCACUGCAGAGAAACCAAAACCAGAAGAAAGCAAAAGAAUGGAGCCAAUUGCUAUUAUUAUUACAGACACUGAAAUCAGUGAAUUUGAUGUUAAGAAAUCUAAAAAUGUCCCUAAGCAAUUCUUAAUUUCAAUUGAAAACGAGCAAAUAGGGGUUUUUGCUAAUGAUAGUGGUUUUGAGGGUAGAACUUCAGAACAAUACGAAACACUCUUAAAAGAAACGGCUUCUUCUCUUGUCAAGAAUGCUAUUCAGUUGUCUAUAGAACAGCUGAUUAAUGAAAUGGCCUCUGAUGAUAAUAAAAUAAACAAUCUUCUGCAGUGACUUAAUUUCCAAAUCAUGGGAGGAAAAGAAAAAAAGCUUAAUGCUGAAUUAUUUUACAUACUUGAGGCAUUUCUCUUUCAGUAACAAAUGAGGGAUUUAUCAUCUGUGGAAUUUAAAGGUACAGUUCCAAUCCAGAAGUGCUAAAGAAUUACGUUUAUAAAACCCUUUCUCCCCCAGAGAUGGAGUCACUUCUGGAUCAGAGGAAGCCCAUACAGAUUGCAAUGCACAGUGACAUACAGGGAGGUGUGAAAAUGACAUGUGGAGAUUGGGGUACUUGGGGGAAGGAAGCCGUAUUAAUUGAGCACUUAUGGGAUGACAUAAACUCUUUACUGUUCUCUGAUGUCACAAAGCCUGGUUUCCCUUUGAUAGUUCGAUCCUGUGUAUAGGUUAACAUCACAUUCGAUUUUCAAAGCUUCCCCCCCCCCAGUGCACUUUUAUGUUUAAAAUGGUGAAGAAGGUGAGCUAUUUUUGUCAAUGUGUGAUUUAUAGUUGUUACACUCAUAGGCAGUAGUCUUACCUCAAAAAAAUAUUGCCUUUUCUUAGUUUCAGCAGAAUGUGCAUAUUUGAAUUAAACAUGAGUGUUUUUCUAGUCCUGCUUAAAUACUGUACACAAGCCAUUCACAAUUUACUUCAGACAGGCAAAUAAUUACCAAGUGCAAAGGUGUAGAAACAGGCAGGGCAUCUUCGCUCUCCAUCUUCUGCCUCCAGCAGACCUGUAUAAAUCCAUUUCUGCAUGGGGUCGUCUCCUGAAAAGCUUAAAAACAAAACCUGAAAAGCUAAGCAACAGCAACAGCAGCAACAAAAAGUGAGAUCAUUGUUUUCCAUCCAGGGGAAGGCAAACUGCCCGAGUAACAAAUUAUCACAGAUAACAUAGGAUUCAUCUUGCAGGAUUGCUUCUCCAGAGCCUGUAUUCAUCAACCUCUCCUCAAAGAGGGAACGUGAAUUCAAAGCCUGCCUGGCAGUGAAAGUACUAGGAAAUCAUAAUAACCUGGUGAAAAUAUUGUCCAUUCUUGACCAAGAAGGAGCCAAGUACAUAGUUGAAUAGAAAAAGUAAAAAGUUACUGCUAAAGCACAUUGUAUUUUAAAUGUCAGUAUUCUCUCAUUGUGCCUCUGUGUCGAGAUACCAGUAACAAACAUUUUACAUGGAUUUUGAAAAAUAACUUUUUCAUCAGUAUUUCCAGUCCAGCUAAUCCCUUACAGAAAAAAAAUGAACUUAAUGUAACCAUAAGGGCUUAUUUGCAUUUUAUUCGGUUAUUUAAAUCAUCGAUCUCAUUAAUAAUUACCAUAUUUUUUGAAAAAGUAAUUACAUUUCAAUCUUUCCUUGUGUGAAAUGGCCAUAAUACUACAAUACACUUCCCUACCUCACAGGUAAAGGUUCAAACUGUAGAGUCCCCCACUGUCUAAGUGGCGGCAUUACUCUGAAAGUGGAUGAAGUAUGAAGAGCUCUCCAUUUGAGUUGUAAGGUAUUUGUUAAAGAAUAUUUGUACAUUCUUGGGGAAAAGAGUGUACAUUGGAUGACUGUAAAUGAUCUAGGUGACUUCCAGCAUUAUUACAUAUAGAAAGUAUGUGCUAAUUUGUCCUAUAGAACCUUCUUUGUUUCUUGCUGUGAGUACAUCUUGAGACCUCUGGCAGAAAAACCUAAUCUGACUUUGGAACUGAACCAAAUAAUGGAUAUUAUUAGCAAGAUUCUUUCCUGAGGUGCAAAAUUAUCCCCCCAGACUUUCCUACCUUCAUGCCUAUAACUUUGGGACCAGAAACCCACAAAAAUCCUUCAAUUUAGCAAUGUGAGCGUGGAUUUUCAAAACACAUGACCCAAGAGAUGAAUUUCUUUUAGUGUACAAUUUUUAAACAUUUAAAAAAGACUGCUAAGUCGUUCUCCCUAAAACUCCUCUUUUUCAUUCACUCUCUGUGGUGCUAAUGGACUUGGAUGGCUACCAGCAAAUAUCAGAUCAUAUUUAAAAGUGAACAGUUGUUAAAAACCUGAUCAAAGUUGGUGCAUUUUAACUGUUUUGAAGAAUCCUGUCUUCAUUUACUGCCAGAAUGGCUCAAGUCAAUAUACUUGCAUUGUAAACUUUUUAGUAAUCUCUCAUGAAUGAGCACAGAGCACAGCACUUACCAGUGAUUGAAAGUAUUUUGGAAGGCUUAGGCAUAUUUAUUUGGGAGUUUUAAAAACAGAUACAAGAUAAAUAUGUGUAAUUAUUUUUGUUAAAAUAGCACUUUCUCUAGUCCUAGGUUUCUACCUUUUUUUUUUUCCCCACUAUGAUUUGAUAUAUAUUUUUGGUUAGAAUGUAUUAUAAUUGAUUGUUUCUCUGGUAAGAUGUGUACUCCACUUGCAUUCAUCUUAAUUGGCUUUUCCUUAAUCUUUCCUACUGAGAAUAUCUGGGGAGUUAAAUAAGUAGGAUUCCAGUUUGAAAAAGGAAUCCAGAAAUUAAUUGGUCUCCAUCUAAAUAUACCUGCCACAUGGCCAAAUCCUAUUAAAAGGAAUUCUAAGGUGAUCCAAACUGUAUUGUUGUAGACACAAGCAGGAGUCACAUAACUUGGAAGUCUCUUAUAAAAUAUGUUUCAUUUCAAUAGUGUUUAUUUUAAGCAAUUCGACCUUAUAUGCGAGACAUUAAAUGAAUUUAAGUAGGUUCCUAUUCAAUUCAUAUCCAUUUGACAUGAUUAAAAUGAUCAUUUAAAAGGCAAUUCAAUGACACUACAUUAAUUUUCACUUAAAUGUGCUGUGGUAUAAAUGCUGCUUUUAAUGAACACUUAUUAAUUAGUUGGGAUUCAGUUUGUCUUUGAGUUUAGGAUUUUCCAAGGUGGGUUGGUUUAUUGGAUGCUUGUUAAUUUUUUCGGCACAUUAUCUUCCCCCUUCUAAGAGUCCAGUAUUAUUCACUUCGCUUUACAACCCAGUGAAUAUGAAAACCCUCUUCUAUUUUCUCUAGCACUAUUCACUUAACAUUUUCUCAAAGUACUUUAUAGGGUAUAAAAAUAGUACUGGGUAAUAUCUAAGUGAAGGUAGCAGAAAACAAAAGAACUUUCAAACAGGAAUUAUGUUCCCUGCCUCCUCCUCCACCUCGAAGAAUAAUAAGCAUGUGGCACAAAUGGAGUUCUUCAGAAAAGCUGUCUGCAUAAUUUUCUUUCAAGGCAAUUUCAAGGCAUUUGACAGCACGAAGUUUGUGAUGAUCUUAAUUGGUCUACUAUUUAGUGGAGUCUAAGAAACUCUGAUUUGUUUCUGAGAGAUUAUCUUAUUUCACGAGUAUCUGUGAAAAGCCUUACUGCUAAAGGCCAUUAGUCAUGGGAGGGCACCAGUCAAAUCUGGCUUUUGCAUGCAAUCCAGAGUUAACUUCAUAAAUGUUUAACUUCAAGUUGCCUUAUUUUUUAUAGUUAUGAGUUCAUUUGUGGGGGUGGGGGGUUUCCAGCAGAAUUUUUAAAAUAAUUGUUAGGCUUUAGAACCCCAUUGUUUGGAAAGAUCCUUUUAAUCUCAACUUUAUUCAGAUAUGUAAAGUCUUUCUAAUUUCAUCUGAUACUCAAUACAUCAGGGGUUGACUUUUCUGCCUGCCAUUUCUGAAAAAAAAUUUUUUUUUAAGUCCUCAUUUAUGGUUUCAGGUUCUUUAGGUUCAAAUUCCUAUGAUGUUUCAUCCUGUAACAUAAAGUUUCUUAUUAUGCAGAAUUCAAUCAAUAGUACAUUUUAUGAUACAUUUUUGAAAAAAAGUUCUUGCAAUCCUUAUUUAGUUACAAAAAUUAAACAGAAGGAAGCUCCAUGAAAUUUAGAUGUCCUGAUUAAAUUCAGUUUGGUUCAACAUGUGUUGGGUAUAACAUAUGCCCAACACUGUUUGGUGAAGAAGACGGGCUCCCAGCCCUCCAAGAGCUCAAGCCAGGCAACAGCAACCACAGGAACUGGGGCAGGGAUUAGGGCAAAGAGCCACAGGCAAUGCAGCACCAUGAGUGCCAUAGAGGGGAGAAUAAAGAGACACUGGCUAAUUUGCCCAGUGUGGGGAGGCGGUCAUCUAAAUACAGGGACAGUUUGAAAGCAUUCAGUUUCUAAAUAGUUACACAGUUAUAUUCAUUAUGAUUUGUGAACAGGUGCAGAAAAAAGCCUGCAUAAUGUUACAUAUUUAUAGUAGUUCUUUGUCUGUAAAAAUGUUAAGUGGAUGAUCUAUUAUGAAAGUAAAAGUUCCAUUUUGUAUUUCUCAUUAAAAUUAGUACUAUAGGACUGUGGAUCAGAUGCUAAUAUUAAAGAAAUACUCUGUAGAAAAAAGGUUUUAACCUGAAUUAAUAUAUGUACUGACUAUUAAUAUAGAAUAAAUGUUAUAUUGGCUCAUG